CCUGAGUGCGCCAUGGCGCGGGAUCAAGUGCCGACCGCGACUUCACCAGGCCGUCGGUGGCGGCAUCGCGGAAUACCGGCACGCUUUGCAGAGAGCCAUGCGACUCCCGAACGCACGUCUGUCGUCCACUGCAGCAUGAGUCCGGGGAAAUGGGGUGGCCCCAGACGACCCACAGCACACAUAUAAGAAGUCGGCCGCGGUGGUUGUUCUUGCCACCGACCAUCUCUUCCACCCACUGAUCGUGUUUCCCUUGGACAUUACUUGCCCCAGCCGUAGACAUGGCGCUCACACCCGCCUGGUAUCAGUUCCUCGUGUGCGUCUUUGCCUCCUUAGGCUCGUCGCUGUACGGGUACGAUCUCGGUGUCAUCGCCGGAGUCGUGGCAUCCCCCAACUUCAUCAAACAGUACAGCCCCAGCACCUCUGAGACGGGAGGUGUCGUGUCGAUCUUCACCGGCGGUGCCUUCCUCGGUGCCUUCCUUGCUGGACCGAUCGGAGACUGGCUGGGUCGUCGUAAGACUAUCCUGAUCGGCGCUGUAAUAUUCCUGCUCGGUGGUGGAUUGCAGACCGGUGCCCAGUCGUUGUCUUUCCUCUAUGCUGGCCGCGUCCUCGCGGGCCUGGCCGUUGGCUUCCUGGUCAUGAUCGUCCCUAUGUACCAGGCUGAGCUAGCUCAUCCCAACAUUCGUGGGCGUGUCACCGCGCUCCAGCAGUUCAUGCUCGGCAUUGGCGCACUGAUUGCUGGAUGGACCACGUAUGGUACGAACAAGAACCUGCCUAAUUCGGACUCAAACCAGUGGAGACUACCGCUCGGGAUCCAGCUGGUUCCCGCUGGAGUGCUCGCUCUCUUGAUCAUGAUCUUCCCCGAAUCUCCUCGCUGGUUGAUUGCCCAUGGCAAGAAGGAUGAAGGCCUCCGCACGCUUGCCCGUCUCCACUCGAGAGGCGAUGAAAAUGACUCGUGGGUUCGCGCGGAGUAUGGGCAGAUUGUGGAUAUGAUCCAAUACGAGCAUGAGCAUGAGGCCCAGUCGUACAAGGAGCUCUUCACCAACAAGAGCUCGUUCCGCCGUCUCUUCCUGGCCGUGGCCAUCCAGGCGUCCAUCCAAAUGACCGGUGUGUCGGCCAUCCAAUACUACAGCCCGGUGAUUUUCGCUCAGAUCGGCAUCGGCCUCGACGAUACCUUGAAAUACCAGGGCAUUUCAUCAGUGCUCGCCAUCUUGGCGCAAUUUGCUUGCAUUUUGCUCAUCGACCGAGCUGGGCGUCGCUGGACACUGAUCGGAGGCAACCUCUUCAACUGCCUCUUCUUCAUCGUUGCCACUGCCCUGCUUGCAAGCUUUCCCCCAGGCACUACGCAUAACGGCAGCGCUUCCUGGGCGUUCAUCAUCUUCACCUGGCUAUACAACAUCAGCUUCUCUGGCGCGUGUGGGCCGCUCUCAUGGAUCAUUCCGGCUGAAAUUUUCGACACUCGGACUCGCUCCAAGGGAGUCAGCAUUGCUACGAUGACCUCGUUUGCCUUCAACACCAUGAUUGGUCAAGUUACGCCGAUUGCCAUGGCCAACAUUGGAUGGAGAUUUUAUCUGCUAUUCGUCGUCUGCAACUUCACCAACGCUGUGUUCUUUUGGGCAUUCCUACCGGAGACUGCUAAGCGUCCCUUGGAAGAGAUGAACUAUCUCUUCACUAACGCUCCAUACUUCGUUCCAAGUAUGAAGAGAGAUGUGUUUGAAACGUACGACUUGGAGAACAGGAGGCAGGAGGUGGAGAAGGAGGCUCAUAUUGCACAGCAGAAGGAAUAGUGCGGAGGCAUGGAUGAUCAUCAUGGUUGGUGUACGCGACGAUGCUGGUUGCUUUGGGUAUUUGAAUGAAGUAAAGCUAUAAGACAAAUGAGCAAGUCAAAGGUGUCACACUCCAUGUAUAUUGAAUAGCUCCACUUACAGCACGAACGUGCCUUGGCCG